AUGAUCCGUUACUGGAGUUAUAUCCAGAGUGCUGUGGUUCGAAUUGGCCAAAAGGUCUUGGAGAUCCAAGGAAAGCCAGGAAAGCUGGAUACCGAGAUUCAUUAUUGGAUCAAUUACGAGUACCAAGGCGAGCUGACCGAGUUUGCUGGCUUUCCCGUGACACUGGCCCCUUUCCACACUCGCAUCGAGAUUAAUUUCGACUUUGUCUACUCUGGACAGAAGAUUACUCUUUCGGCCUUCAAGGAGCUCGCCAAGGCCUCAUUUGGAAACUCCUCCAAGGAAGCCUUUGGAAACACUGUCGGCAUCCUUGGAAACUUCACAACUGGUGAGACCCUUGCUCGAGAUGGCUCUACAGUUCUUACAGACUUUAUGGAACUGGGGCAUGAAUAG